GCUGCAGAGGGACAUUAAGUAAGUUCGCUCCGUUACUUCGGGAGAAAUGUGACAACAGAGCACGUGUAGUCUAACAACUAUAUAGUGAGAGGCAAGCGGAAGUGUCCACUGAUGUUGACUGGAUGCAGAAGAAGCCUCUCUUGGACAUUAUAUUCACUCACCCAUAGGAGACCUUGUACCAGGAGGAGCUUCACCUCCCAGGCUGCUCUCUGCUCCUCUGCCUCAUCAGUUUCAUCCACUCCUCACAGCUUCUUCUUCACAAGCCAACAGACCUCAUCUCUCCACGUCCCUCCCACUUCCUGCUGCCUCUCUGUUUCUGCUCACUGUUCAGGCCUGAUGGAGCUAAAAGAGGUGCUGCAGGUGUUGGAGCAGCUCGCCCCUCUGUCUCUGGCUGAGUCGUGGGACAACGUAGGCUUGCUGGUCGAGCCCAGCAAACCUCGGCCCGUUAAAACCAUCCUGCUGACCAACGACCUCACAGAUGCUGUCAUGGACGAAGCAGAGGCCAUGAGCUGUGACCUCAUUAUCUCAUAUCACCCUCCGUUGUUUCGGCCAGUCAAGCGCCUGGUUCAGAAAGACUGGAAGCAGCGAUUGGCCAUCCGGGCUGUGGAGGCAAGGAUGGCCAUCUUCUCCCCUCACACCUCUUGGGAUAGCGUUAAAGGAGGGGUGAACGACUGGCUGGUCGGGGGACUUGGUAGCGGCCAGGUGUCUGUGCUGAGUCAGGCCCUCGGCGGAGCCUCCUACACUCACAAACUGGACUUCACAGUCAAGAGCACAGAGGACCUGAACACCGUUAUGGAGGAACUGAAGGCUUGUGACAGUGAAACAACACUGCAGCAUUCAGUCAGCAGACCUGACAGCAGUGGGAUCCACGUCAGCGUAACCUGCAGUGACUCAGCGCUGACCCCCAGUGUCCAGACUCUGUUACGACACAAUGCUCCCAGCCUGUCCUUCAGCAUCCUGAAGUUAGAAAAGCCCCCUCUCCCGGGCCAUGGCCAAGGACGACUUAGUGUUUUGGACCAACCAGUAACCGUGGCAACAGCUAUCCAGAAAAUGAAGUCCCACUUGGGUUUAAGUCACCUCCGUUUGGCUCUGGGAUCGGGGCAGAAGCUAGAGUCCUCUGUGUGUACUGUGGCUGUGUGUGCUGGAUCUGGGGCCUCAGUACUGAACGGAGUCAAGGCAGACCUCUACAUCACAGGUGAGAUGUCCCACCACGAAGUGCUGGACGCCGUGGCGAAGGGAACCAACGUCAUCCUCAGUGACCAUAGCAACAGUGAGCGGGGCUUUCUGGCCGUGUUUAGGGAGAAGCUGGCCGUGCGUCUUCCCGACAGUGUAACAGUGGCGGUGUCGAAGGCUGACAGAGACCCUCUGGAGGUGGUCUGACCAACUUGCACUAGUUAGUCUGUUGGAUGCAUUUUCUUUGUUUUGAUUGGAUCAAAUUAACGACAUUACAAAAAGCACCUUCUGUUUUUUGUAAUAAUGUGAUUCAAAUGGAUGUGGCCGAUAUGAUUGUAUUAAAAAAAACAAUUCUCCGUGCAGGCUCUUUAUGUAAAGCCGUAAAAGAGUAUGUCAGUAUAUCUGUGCCCGGUGUAAUAAUGAAGAGUGCUUCCUGUGGUACAUGUUAUGUGGUGUUUAUCACGUAUUUCUGGCAGGGUCUUAAUAAAAAUGGAUUCUGUUUGAUCACAAAAA